ACCGCCCGCCGCCGCGGCUGGGCGUGCGGCCCCCAUUGUGAGCCGGCGGCGGGGCGCGCUGCAGGGGCCCGAGGAGGCAGGAUCGAGAACCCGGCUCCGGUGGCAGUCGGGGGAGCGUCAGUCACACAAAAGACAGCAGCCGAGUCUGCCCCCCGGCGCGCGGAACUGGCCCACGCCGCCGCCGAGCGCUCCCCCCCCCACCUUACCGGUUUUCCUUUCCCUCCAAUUUUGAUAGGGAAGCCGGGCCGACGCGGGCGGCCGAGGUUCGGGGCGAGCCCGCGGGCGGACGGGAGAUGCCGCUGCUACACCGAAAGCCGUUUGUGAGACAGAAGCCGCCCGCGGACCUGCGGCCCGACGAGGAAGUUUUCUACUGUAAAGUCACCAACGAGAUCUUCCGUCACUACGAUGACUUCUUUGAACGAACCAUCCUGUGCAACAGCCUUGUGUGGAGUUGUGCUGUGACGGGUAGACCUGGACUGACAUACCAGGAAGCACUUGAGUCAGAAAAGAAAGCAAGACAGAAUCUUCAGAGUUUUCCAGAACCACUAAUUAUUCCAGUGCUAUGCUUGGCCAGCUUUACCUGUCGUUCACGCUUACAUGAAGUCUGCGAUGACAUUUUUGCAUAUAUCAAAGACCGAUAUUUUGUUGAAGAAACUGUGGAAGUCAUUAGGAGCAAUGGUGCAAGGUUACAGUGUAGAAUUGUGGAAGUCCUCCCUCCAUCACAUCAGAAUGGUUUUGCCAAUGGACAUAUUACCAGUGUAGAUGGAGAUACCAUUGUCAUCAGCGAUAGUGAUGAUUCCGAAUCACAAAGCUGUUCUUUUCAAAACAGGAAAAAAAAAGGUGCAAUUGAUCCUUUAUUAUUGAAGUAUAAGGUGCAACCCACUAAAAAGGAAUUAUACGAAUCUGCUAUUGUUAAGGCAACACAAAUCAGCCGGAGGAAACACCUAUUUUCUCGUGAUAAACUAAAGCUUUUUCUGAAGCAACACUGUGAAUCACAAGAUGGAAUCAUUAAAGUUAAGGUAUCAUCUGUUUUGACAUAUAAAAUUACAGAACGAGAUCUUUCUUAUUUAUUUCCUGAUGAUCUGUCCACGUUUAUCUUCAGUCCAGCCAACAGGAGAAGAGGAAGGCCUCCCAAAAGAUUGUCUGUUAGUCAGGAGGAUUGUGUUAAUCAGCAGAAUAUUGUAGGUUUUAGAAACAAAGCUACUAAGGAAAGAGACAAGCUUCUGAGACAAGAAGAAAUGAAGUCACUGGCUUUUGAAAGGGCCAAAUUAAAAAGGGAAAAAGCUGAUGCCCUACAAGCCAAGAAAAAAGAAAAGGAAGAUAAAGAGAAAAAGAGAGAAGAAUUGAAGAAAAUUGUUGAAGAAGAGAGACUAAAGAAAAAAGAAGAAAAAGAGAGGCUUAAAGUAGAAAGAGAAAAGGAAAGAGAGAAAUUACGUGAAGAAAAGCGAAAAUAUAUGGAAUACUUGAAACAGUGGAGUAAACCUAGGGAAGACAUGGAAUGUGAUGAUCUUAAGGAACUUCCAGAACCAACUCCGGUGAAAACUAGACUACCUCCUGAAAUUUUUGGUGAUGCUCUGAUGGUUUUGGAGUUCCUUAAUGCUUUUGGAGAACUUUUUGAUCUUCAGGAUGAAUUUCCUGAGGGAGUAACCCUAGAAGUGUUAGAGGAAGCUCUUGUAGGAAAUGACAGUGAAGGCCCACUAUGUGAAUUGCUUUUUUUCUUCCUGACUGCAAUCUUCCAGGCAAUAGCUGAAGAAGAAGAGGAAGUAGCCAAAGAGCAAAUAGCUGAUGCUGACACCAAAGAUUUAACAGAGGCUUUGGAUGAAGAUGCAGACCCCACAAAAUCUGCACUGUCUGCAGUUGCAUCUUUGGCAGCUGCAUGGCCACAGUUACACCAGGGUUGCAGUUUGAAAAGCUUGGAUCUUGACAGCUGCACUCUCUCUGAAAUCCUCAGACUGCACAUUCUAGCUUCAGGUGCUGAUGUCACAUCAGCAAACGCCAAGUACAGAUACCAGAAACGAGGAGGGUUUGACGCUACAGAUGAUGCUUGCAUGGAGCUCCGCUUGAGCAAUCCCAGUCUGCUAAAGAAGCUGUCAAGUACUUCCGUGUAUGAUUUGACUCCAGGAGAAAAAAUGAAGAUACUCCAUGCUCUCUGUGGGAAGCUACUGACCCUAGUUUCUACUAGGGAUUUCAUUGAGGAUUACGUUGAUGUAUUACGACAGGCAAAGCAGGAGUUCCGGGAGCUAAAAGCCGAACAGCAUCGAAAAGAGAGGGAAGAAGCAGCUGCUAGAAUCCGUAAAAAGAAAGAAGAAAAGCUUAAGGAACAAGAACAAAAAAUGAAAGAGAAGCAAGAAAAGCUGAAAGAAGAUGAGCAAAGAAAUUCGACUGCAGAUGUAUCCAUAGGGGAGGAAGAAAGGGAAGAUUUUGAUACUAGCACUGAGAGCAAAGAAGCUGAGCAAAAGGAACUGGACCAAGAUACAGUCACUGAAGAUGAAGAUGACCCUGGAGCACUUAAAAGGGGAAGAAGAGGGAAAAGAUACCCAACUGGAUUUAAAGACCUUAGAAGGCAAGAAGAUAUCAAUUGUGGAACAAGAGAGCCCCUUAAUAUUGAUGAGGAAGAAGCUUUAAAGCAAGAACACCAACGAAAAGAGAAGGAGCUCUUAGAAAAAAUCCAAAGUGCCAUAGCAUGUACCAAUAUCUUCCCCUUGGGCCGUGACCGCAUGUACCGACGGUACUGGAUUUUCCCUUCCAUUCCUGGAUUGUUUAUUGAGGAGGAUUACUCUGGUCUUACUGAAGACAUGCUGCUGCCUAGACCUUCAACUUUUCAGAAAAACAUGCAGGCUCAAGAUCCUCAGGUGUCCAUCAAAACCGAAGAAUCCUUGAUAUCUGAGCCUACCUCCAGCAUGGACCAAGGUCUGUGUGAUGACUCUGUGCAGCUGUCUAAACCUGUGCACAAGCCAAACCGGUGGUGCUUUUACAGUUCAUGUGAACAGCUGGAUCAGCUUAUUGAAGCCCUUAAUUCCAGAGGAUACAGAGAAAGUGCCUUAAAAGAAACGUUGUUGCAAGAAAAAAGCAGAAUAUGUGCACAGCUAGCUCAUUUUUCUGAAGAGAAAUUUCAUUUUUCAGUUUCAGAAAAGCCUCAAACUGACAGCAAGCCUGUAUGUACUAGAGGCAGAUCUUCCAGUGCGUGUGAUUCAUCUCAGAUGUCUGCAGAAAAGCAACUUGAACUGAGACUGAGAGAUUUUCUUUUGGAUAUUGAAGACAGAAUCUACCAGGGAACAUUAGGAGCAAUCAAGGUUGCAGAUCGACACAUCUGGAGGUCAGCCUUAGAAAGUGGGCGAUAUGAGCUGCUGAGUGAGGAAACCAAGGAAAAUGGGAUCAUUAAAGCUGUGAAUGAAAGUGUGGAAGAAAUGGAAAUUGAUGAACAAGCAAAGGUCAUAGUAAAAGACAGACUUUUGGGUGUGAAAACAGAAACUCCAAGUACUGCCUCAACUACCACAAGUACACCACAGCCAGUGAGCAAGGUGGUUCAUCAUCUGGCAGGGGCGCUCUUUCAGAUAGAACAGGGCAUUGAGCGGCGUUUUCUCAAAGCUCCACUAGAUGCCAGUGACAGUGGACGUUCUUACAAAACCGUUCUUGACCGUUGGAGAGAGUCUCUCCUUUCCUCUGCCAGCCUCUCCCAAGUCUUCCUGCACCUGUCCACCUUGGAUCGCAGUGUGAUAUGGUCAAAGUCGAUACUGAAUGCUCGUUGCAAGAUAUGCCGGAAGAAAGGGGAUGCUGAGAACAUGGUGCUUUGCGAUGGCUGUGACCGGGGUCAUCACACCUACUGCGUUCGACCAAAGCUCAAGACCGUGCCUGAAGGAGAUUGGUUUUGUCCAGAAUGUCGACCAAAGCAGCGUUCUAGAAGACUCUCCUCUAGACAGAGACCAUCCUUGGAAAGUGAUGAAGAAAUGGAAGACAGUCUGGAAGGUGAGGAUGAUGACGUUGAUGGUGAUGAUGAAGAGGGUCAAAGUGAGGAGGAAGAAUAUGAGGUAGAAGAAGCUGAAGAUGACUCUCAAGAAGAGGAAGCAGUGAGCCCACCAAAACGAGGACGACCACAAGUGAGAUUGCCAGUUAAAACAAGAGGGAGAUUUAACUCUUCUUUCUCAAGUCGUGGCCAACAACAGGAUCCGGGAAGAUACCCUUCAAGGAGUCUGCAGAGCACACCCAAAGCAGCUGUUUAUUCCAGAACUCCUGGUAGAAACCUAAGGAAGAUAAAAUCUGCUCCUCCCACAGAAACAAAGUCUUUAAGAAUUGCCAGUCGUUCUACUCGCAACAGUCCUGGGCUGCUGCAGACAGACGUUUUUGUGGAACUGCUGAGCCCUCGAAGAAAACGCCGAGACAGGACAAGUGCUAAUGAUUCAGGAAAUAGUCCCGACAUCCCUAACUUAAGAGUCAUUGCCACAAAAUCAAGUGGGCAAUCAAGAACUUUUGAUUCUGCUUCAAAGCUCUCUCUCCAAGACAGUGAAUCCAAGAGACGGGGCAGGAAAAGACAGUCUACAGAGUCAUCUCCUGUGACACUGAGCCGAAGGAGUUCUGGCAGACAGGGAGGAGUUCAUGAACUGUCUGCUUUUGAACAGCUUGUUGUGGAGUUGGUACGGCAUGAUGACAGCUGGCCGUUUCUGAAACUUGUUUCUAAAAUCCAGGUCCCAGAUUACUAUGAUAUCAUUAAAAAGCCCAUUGCCUUAAAUAUAAUUCGUGAAAAAGUGAAUAAAUGUGAAUAUAAGCUAGCGUCUGAGUUUAUUGAUGACAUUGAGUUAAUGUUUUCCAACUGCUUUGAGUAUAACCCUCGUAACACAAGUGAGGCCAAAGCUGGAAGUAGGCUUCAAGCAUUUUUCCACAUUCAGGCGCAAAAGCUUGGACUCCAUGUCACGCCCAAUAACGUGGACCAAGUUAGUACACCACCGGCUGCCAAAAAGUCACGAAUCUAAUUCUGUCCUUCUAAAGGAUAUAUUGAGGAAAAAGAAAUCGUUCAUGAAAAAGGAACAUUAAAUCAUGCUUUAAAGCAGACGUAUCUAUAAAGCAAUAACAACAGAUUGACCAAGUUGAAGUGUGGCCUGCACUAUAUUCUCAAUUUUAUAUUAAGCACUCAGGAGAAUGUAGGAAAGAUUUCUUUGCUACAGUUUUGUUCAGUAUCUAAUAAGUUUGAUAGCUGUAUUGGAUACAGUACUGGUUUACAGAGGGAUUUGUACAUUUAGAGAUCAUUCAUGUGUCCAUUUUUUUUAACCUGUGAUUUAUUUUGUUGUUUGAUUUUUUUAUAAUUCAUGGUGUUAAGGGAGAUACAUUUGAACAGAUAAAUCUCCUGUGGCAUGAUAUAGAAAAAUGGAUUUAUGUCUUAAGAAUUGUUGGGUGAGCGCUUUCUUUCAACACUACACAUGAAUGGAUCCAAUGUUAUAUCUUUGAAGUGCUGUACCAGUACUGGCCGGAGGUAUUAAGUCUGAGUUUAUUAACUAGAUAUUUAUUUAGCAUUCAAGAUAAUUUGUGAAUUUGUUUUGUAUUUAUAAAAUUUAUACCUGGAAACUGUUCUUUAAUUUUUUAAACAUUUUGCUGUGGUUUUAUUUCUCUUACUUCCUUAAUGAUCAAUCAAAACAGGUAACACCCUCCCCUGUCCCUGACAGUUCUUUUGGUUUUACAGAGCUGUUCCAAGUUGCUUUGUACAACUUUUUAAGUGUACAAAUAAAAUGAUACUUUUUUCAAGUA